CAACACCAUACGGCAGACUUGCGACCUUGUUUCGUACGUCGCCGCACAAGCACGAACACACUUCCACAAGCAGAAAGCUAGAAGCACUCACCUGCUAGGCUUGGGGAAUCCUGGAGACCAAGACAAGCUGUGUAGUCCACGCCAGAACGGCACCGAUAAAAGCGCUACCAAGGUGGAAAAGCAAGAAGUGGACAAGGAUUUGGAUACGAGGGUUGGGGAUAACAAGGAUGGAAAAGUAGAAGCUAUGCUGAUGGGUAGUGGAGCUGGAGCUCCUGCGCAAGAAGACGAAGACGAGCUAGACCUUGCCGCGCUUCAGCGGUACGCCGAGGGCUGUAUGGAAAGUGAGCCCUACACGUUGGAAGAACUCUACGGCCACGAGCGGAAGCAGCAAAAGCUUGCGGAUUUUGUGGAAAAUAAGCUCCAGCAUUUCUGUACAGAUAACGCGAUGGUUAUGGCUCGAUGUACUUGAGGAUGAGACUGAGGUAGACAGAAGCUGGGCCUCUCUGUGAGGCAAGACCGUGUGCAAAUUUCUUCGAUUUUUACCACUGCAUAAGUAUUUAAUUUGAAACACUUCGACGACGACUACAUUUUCAUAGAAGGCAGAGGUGCUGCUGGUGCUGUCCUCUACCUGCUCUGCUGGUAAUCAUCUCAUGUUGUCCUCUACCUCUGCUGAUCUAUUGUGUCCAAUACCGUUGGCUUCUAAGAUACCACAGGAAAUUCCGGAGCGUGUUCGUUCGCUGAUGCCAAAUGUUACGCGCUACGUGAACGUGCUUGACGAUGAGCAAGAGCGCGAAAUGGAGCAAGAGAUCGAAGACGAGAGGCACACACAGCAGGCAAAACCGCCACAGCCCGCACCUACACGAAUCUCGGCUGGCCUUACUGAACUAAACAGACGCCUGAGCCGAGGACAGUGCUUCGAUUUCGAGAAGGUACUCGAUUGCUGAACACUUGUCAUUGCGUUGCUCGUUCUUCAUCUUCUAGUCAUAAUCUUCAGUACCACGUCUGAAAAAAUGCGACUCUUCAUGUAAGUAUCUAUAAAUAUGCGUGGAACCUAUACACACACGACGUCUUUUCUGCAGUGUAGCACAUCGAUAUCUCAUCAAGUAGAAGUAGAAGCUUAUUGCAACGACGAAUCAUUAUGACUUUAGUGAUUUUGCCCUGUAACCAUCCAGGAACCAAUCGAGCACGAGUUUGCUCCCCUUCGUGAUGUUUUCUUGGUUUGUCCGGUGUCCUCUUCUGAAGACCGGCCGUUUUUCCCGUGCAGACGCAUCUUCGUGACCAAGGGUUUUUUAACCACGAUCGAUGCUCAUCAGCCACUAUUCGAGCUUUUGCAGCGAGAGAGGAACCGCGAGGGACAGCAAGCUUUGGAUAGGUCAAUGGGAGCGACGAGUCAUGACGCAGUCGCCCUGUCGCCAGCUACCGGCCAAGCUCCAUCAGCGACGCUGUUGCCGAUGAAGACACCAGAAUUCGUUCUACGUUUCGCCACAAAACCGGGAGAAGAGGCGCUUUUACUAGUGUCCAACUUUGAAGCGGAAACGGUCCUCCGGAAUUCACGCAACUUGCGGCUUUUCUGCGCUAUCAGUCGUAUGGAUCAGCGUGGUGACGUACUUACCGAUCGAAUUCCGAGUCAACCUACCUUCAUUGUGCCAGCCAGAGAGGAUCUCGCUGACGCGAACGCUGCGUCUGCGUCUUCUUCAUCGUCCGCCCGUGGACGGGACGCAAGCAGAAUAUCCAGUACGAAUGCUGUCAUUAGAAGCGGUAGGUCCAAGGUUGCCGCGCGAGUCAAAUCAUCCUUCGAAGAUGUUCCAUCGCGGGGACAACAACAGCAAUCAGGGCCUCCAUUGCUCAGUCAUGAGGGUUUGCACCUCAUGAGUCAGAGUGAAUCUUUGGAUUUAACGCAUCUAGUACCGCUACACGCGUUUGCAGGAAGUCUGUACGCCGAUAACGAACUGCACCAUGGGCUUCUGACCUCCCUGAUGCAGUACUUCGGCUUGGUGCGACGUGAUCAUAAUCGUUUUCAAGCCUGGGCGGAACCACGGGACACCCGAGUCGCGCCUCUGGUCCUGAAGGAUGGAUUCGUGCCUCCCGGGAAGGCCCGAAGCAAUGAAAGUGAACGGGAACUAGUGAAGUACAAGCACUGCGAGUACCAAACCUCUCCAGUGAGCUGGUUGCGACGGUUCUAUAGCCAAGCUAGACACCUGCAAACAGAGCUUUCCACAUCGCCGCUCGGUUCCGUUCUACAAUGCAACAUUGCUAGCGAGUAAGUAGUAGACGGACUACACAAGCAUCUACAUCUUUAACGUUUAUUCGACGAGAUGAAGAGUCUAAAACUGAGGUCUAGCAUUUAAAGACAAAGGGCAUUUGAAGAAUUAGAAGACCGUGACGUAGACGUGGCCACAACUCCAUUAUUAAUAAAUGGGUAUCAUCUCAGAAUUUUUCACAGCAGAUUCAUAUUGCUUUUCACAACAUAGACUUCACUUCUUUUCAUGGUUAUAUUUUUGAUAAUUGCGCAUAAAUUUGUACCAUCCAAGAUUUGAUCCUCUUCGUCACGGGUGAAUUCAAUGAAUGAAUGGAAGAUGAAUGUUGGAUCUGCGAUUUGUACUAUUUAAAUUGAUGCUGGUGGAAAACACAAACGCCACACUCAAUCCCGCCCUACUUAAUUUGAUUAAUCGCAUCUGCCAACAUAAAAUAACAAAGCAUCAACGGGAAUGAACGCGAAGUGGUCUGAUCCCUACGCAUUAGAACGAUUUCGCGCAUACUCACACCAACGUAGCUAGGCACGCAUCAGUACUUUUGACGCUCAUCAAAGUGAAAGCUCCCCCCACCUCCUGAUUGAUUCGACGCAAAAACGUAGAUUGUUUCAUUGCCUUGCUGGACUACUUUCUUAACAACUCAAAAUCGUGACACUUCUACUUUUAGUUUCUGAAGUCUUCUACUUCUUGUGAGUCCACCACCCUUUUCCAAAUCGGCGUCGGACUCGGAGACUUCUGUACGCGAAUUGACCCCCCGGCUUUCUCCGAUCAACAUGAUGACUAUUAAAUAGUGUAGACAAAAUCGAAAAGCAUAUUGAUACAGAAACAGUCGUGGUAAACGAACCCCAAUUACCCAGAUGCGUUGUUCAAAAAAGUCAUAGUACUACCAACCAGCCCUAUUCGUCAUCAUAUGAUCUGACAGGGAAAUGCAGGCGCUCCUCCUAG